AUGGUUGUGGAGGUUGUUCAAAAGAGGAAGCCCGAGGGUGGGGGGAAGGGAGAGGAAGGCCACGUUGGGUACUCUCUAUUGAGCCUUAUGUGGAAGCAAGGGUGCACAAUUGGUUGUUCAAGUGGUGUGAAGAAAUAUUUUCAAGUGUGUUAUAGCAUCUGGGAUGCUAAAUAUGCGAUGCAACAAGCUUUCAAGACAUUGAUGGGACAGAUGAAUACACAAAAUAAUCAAUUCAGUAAUGCUGCCUUCUCUCCUGGAUCGCCUUUUCCUUAUCCAUCACCCCCGGCAUCAGGUCCAACUGCCUCAUCUGCUCCAGCUGCAUCUCAACCUGUGACGGUAGAUGUAUCUGCAACUAAAGUUGAGGCCGCACCAACCACUCAUGUUAAAGAUCACAAAGAAUCCGAGAAGGGGCCAAAGAAAUAUGGUACUAGUGGUCUCUUUCUUCAUUUCUUUAAUGUGUACGUAAAGAAAUCCACAAUGGCCACUAGAGGACUGCUACUAUAUCUGGAUCAUUAA